AUGAAUCCUCUUCAAAAAAUAUAUCUGUAAGCCUUGAUUAACCAAUCCCACCAAGAAUCUUCUUAACAAGUAAAACAAGAAGAAUAUAGUUAGAAAGAAAAUGUUUAAUAUUUACAAAAACAGUAACUUUUAUAGAUAAUUCAACAAUGUUAAACCUAACACUAGCCAACUUAACAAGUCUCGUAAUAUUUUAAAUAAUCAAAUAGCAAGUCUUCAACUUUAAUUGAGGUUCAAAAUUCAGUCACCUCUUACUUUUAGAAAAUCAUUCUUCAGAAACAGACCAUCAAUUUAACAAAUGUUUUAGAAGUUCAAUUACCAUAUUUUAUGAUAAUCAUGAGCAACCUCAUAAUAUAUGGAUUAGAGAAUUGUUAAGCAGACAAAGAAAUCGUAGCAGAUUUGGUGUCAUCCUAUAAGGACAAUCCAUUAAAGAUAUCAAUGAGUUAUUCUCUAUUCUAGACAGUAGCCCUUCUUUUCCGUUCAGAAGUCAUUAUUUAUGAUCAAAGUACCAAAUAUCUUUCAAAUUUCUUGCUUUUUCGAGAUGACUUUUGCGAUAUUUUUUUCAAAGCUCUCUACAGUUAUAAAAUAUCUUAAGGAUAAGCAGUAAGUCAGCAAAUUGGAUUUACUUAAAUACAUCAGAUGAUAAAGAAGUAACAAGAUGAAGUUUGGACAACAUUCACAUUCAACAUGCUAAGUCAAUAACAACAAUAGCUAACUAAAGAUUAGUUUUUAUUAUAAUUCAAUAAAUACACGUAAUCAUUGAAUACCUUUUUCACUAAAAGCAAUUUAAUUAUGGAUCUAGUUGCAUAAAGUGUUAAAUAGACAGCUAAAUUACAUAAUGAUCAGAUAUUCUAGGAAUAUUUACUAAUUAUGGGCAGUUUUAAGGCUACGACUUAAGAAUUCUUAAAAAAAGCAACUUAAGUAUUCUAUGAAGAAACCCAGGAAUUAGAUUUACUGUAAUUUAGCUCAAAUACAAUCAAAGUUCAUAAGCAAAUGAAUUGUUAGAUUCUAUUCAUAUUACCUAUGCUUUUGCAAUUGGAAAGUUAAUAUCUAGAACAUAUCAUCAAAAAUGGAUUUUCUGAAAUGCAACUCAAGAACAGUUCGAAUUACUAUUUGAAAAUGAUUGAGAAACUUAAAAGCAAGUGUGUUUAUAAUGGUGAGGAAGAAUGCAAUUGUAAAAAGUGCUAGUGCAUAAGAAGAAAUAGAAAUUCUGCAAAAGAAUCAUAAAAAAAGAAGAGAGAAGCUUUGGAGAAAAUAGGACCAUUAUAGGAUGAAUUUAAUAAACUAUAAAAAAAAGUUAAACAUUUAGAAACUGAAAAUUAGUAUAUGACAACCUUGAUACUGGAAGUAUUCAAACACCCAUCUGUUGAAAAGAUAGCCUCUUAAUUUCUCGAGCCCCUAACUAAAAUAAUUGCAGAUUCAGAGUCAAUGGAAGAAUGUUGA